AUGUGGUCACCUGCGCUGGACGAGGGUGGUGAUGAUGGUGGUGGUGGUGGUCGUGGUGGGCGCAGGGAGGACAACGCGAUUGUGAUUGACAUGGUGCCGGUGAGCAGUGAUGAGGAGGAUGAGGGACCUGAAGGCGUGGAUGGGCAGGUACGCGCGGAGGCACAGCGGCAUGAUGAACAGGGACGCACAACCACGUCGUGGCACCGCGCAGACAACGCAGCAGUGGUCGACAUGAGCACAGGCAGCAGCGACAACGACGAAUACGAUGAAGCAGGGGACAAACGGGAGGAGGGUAAGGACAAGGCCCAUGAUGGCGAUGCUACCGACACGGCCGUGCAACAAAGAGGUGAUGCACAUGACGUUGACGCCGAGCAAGGGGCAGAAGAGGAAGGGCACGGGGAAGGGCAAGCAGAGGACGAGCUGGCAACCAGCCCGCUGCAGCUGGACAUGGUGUCGGUAAGCAGCGAUGACGACGAGGAGCACGAUGGCGAUGCCUCCAUUCACAUGAUUGGCCGGAUGGCACCAACGAGUGAAGCGGCCGUGCUUCUCGAGGUGUGA